CAAUCACCGCUCGUCUGCGCUAGCCACCGCCAAGCUCGUAUCCACUUCCAAAACACUGGAAUUUGAUAGAAUUUUCCUCAGGAUUUGUGCAGGAAUUCCUCCGGUUAUAUGUAAAUUUUUCAUCAUGUGGUGGUGGAAGUAGGACCAGCGACUGUUUCGAGUCACAGCUGCGGAAAGGAUUGACGCAGAUCUUGGGAGAGAAGCUCGGAAAAACCGCGGAAGUUUAGCUUCGACUCGUCGCCAUUUUUCUACCUUCCCAGCCCUUGUUUGUUGGUGGGGAGUUGUUUGUCGAGAACCUGUGGAUAUAAGUACAAACUCGGGCUCUAACUCGGACAUUUACAUGGUCCAAGGGAUACAGAGACUACACAGGACUGUUAACCGUCCGAUCGGCCGAGGAUGGCGAAUUCGGGGGCGACCCUGACCAGCCUUUGGAUGGACGAUGGCCAGGGAAGCCCAAUGAAAAGCACCCCCAACACCCCAGGCAAGUCUGUCACCAACGGCAACAAGGAAGUACAGGAGGACUUCUUAAAGAUUUACAAGGACUGCGGACUGGAGCCGAUAGCCAAGGAGGUUGGGCUGAUAGACACCAAUGGUGAACUGGCUGGGUUUGUCAGGUCUCACCAGGACCAAAACACUUCACCAACAAAAGUCGCGAAUGUGACGCUGUCAAACACGACAACCAUCCCGAUGAUUACGGCGGUGUCUCCCAUGAAGUCAUCUCCCAUGAAGAUCGGAGAGACCAUAAUUCUACCCAAGACCCUGGGGCCAGCAAACACGCCUGCCUCUCCUAUGCUCCGAAUGGUUGCUGUCAACCGAACACCGCAACAAACAGUCCAACCACAGCAAAAAAUUUUUCAGAUCCUGCAGCAGAGCCCUGCGCGGCCGACGCCCGUGGCACAGCUGGUCCAAGUACAACAGAGUCCCGCCAGAGCGCAGCAGACAACGUACACAACUGUUGUUACGGACCCCAACCUCAUACAAGUCGGGGGCCAGGUGAGAAAGAGAACUCAUGACUUCAUAGAAGCAGACUUCUCGGAAAGCAAAAGGAAGAAGGGAGAAAAGGGAGGGAAGGGUCUGCGACAUUUCUCCAUGAAGGUGUGUGAGAAGGUCCAGAGGAAAGGCACCACAUCGUACAACGAGGUCGCGGACGAGUUAGUGGCGGAGUUCAGCGACCCCCAGAGGCACCUGUCGCCCUCCGACCAGAUAGGAAAUGCGUAUGACCAGAAGAACAUCCGAAGACGCGUGUACGACGCCCUGAACGUGCUGAUGGCCAUGAACAUCAUCUCCAAGGAGAAGAAAGAGAUCAAGUGGAUCGGCCUGCCCACCAACUCUGCACAGGAGUGUCAGAACCUAGAGCUUGAAAAGCAGCGGCGGAUAGACAGGAUCAAGCAGAAGCAGCAGCAGCUACAAGAGCUUAUACUACAGCAAAUCGCCUUCAAAAACCUGGUGCAGAGGAACAAGCGCAUGGAACAGGCGGGCACGGGGCCGCCCAACCAGAACUCUGCCAUCCAGCUGCCCUUCAUCAUCGUCAACACCAGCAAGAAAACAGUCAUCGACUGUAGCAUCUCCAACGACAAGUAUGAAUAUUUGUUUAACUUCGAUAACACGUUUGAGAUCCACGAUGACAUCGAGGUGUUGAAGCGGAUGGGUAUGGCGUACGGGCUGGAGUCGGGAAAGUGUGCCCCAGAGAACCUGAAAAUCGCCAAGACGCUGGUUCCCAGGGCGCUGGAGCCUUAUGUUGAAGAGAUGGCCAGAGGAGCCAGUACCAGUACCUCCAUAAUCGCCGGUCCCAGCGGUAUCAAGGCGGGGGCGUCCACCACACAGUUCACCACGGCAACGGCUACCAUGGCAACAACCGUGAAGCCACUCCCAUCUGCAGCAGCUGCAUCGUCAGCUUUGUCCAGGUUGCCAGUAAAUGUUGACCAAGAAGUUGCCAUGGCAACGGCGGGCGGACGGGCCGUAUCGCGCCAGUCGAGCAUCGGGUCUUCGAGAGGCGAGACGCCAUACUCGGACGAUGACGAUGACGACUACGAAGACGACAACUAAGACCGCUGUUUGGGGUUGCCAUGGAGACAGUGUACACUGUUGCCAUGGAAACUAGUUUUGGUUGUCAUGGUGAUUUGUUCGUUGUCAAUUCUAUAUGUCACUCAGGUUGAGGGGAAAUGAAUGGGACUUUCAUUGAAAUGGGUCAGUUUAGGGGGUAUUCGGUUGCUAUGGUAAUAUAGCAACAGCGUGUUUUUCUUGUUUGUCAGAAACAAGGCUACUUAGGGUCAUCACCAUGGUAACGACCCCACUUAUUCCCACGGGCCUUGUCAUGACAAGUGAUUGUUGUUGCCGAGGCAACGGCAUGCCACCCGAUCGGCGGUGGAUGGGUUUCUACAAGCAUUUUUGUAGAUUGUAUACGUAGAUAUUUUAGACGAUUUGUACUGUGUUGUAUGAAAAUGCAGUUAUCAGAUGAGAAUAACAGACUUGAACUUGAACUCUUCAUGUUUGUUUGCCCAAUGCAAGCAGAAAUCCACACACUUCUUGUUAAUUACAGUGCUCUGGUAUUUUACCUUAAAAUGCCUAGAGCAACAUAAAAGGGGUCUAACACAAGGGAAGGCCUUUCAAGAUUAAAAAAAAAGACACCGCAGGAAAAUCUAUUGUCUGGUAGUGUGUGGAUUUUUGUGAAUCGACAUUUAAGGUUUAGAUAAAAAGAAGAAGAACCAUACUUGAGAAGUUUUUGAUGAAAUCAAAAUGAACCUGUACAGAUUGUAGUUAAUUCCGGGGUGAGACUUUACGUAUGGAGGGAACCUGUAAUAAAUAUGCCACUGGUAUGGUGUACUGUAAUGUAGAGAUGUCGGACAGAACCACUCUUGCAGGGGGGGGGGGGGUGUACAAAGUUGUGAAGUAGUUUCACCUAGGCUGGGUCAAAGUCAGAGUAGAGAGAGAAAAAAAGUUACUAAAAAAUAAACAGUUGAAAGACCUGUUUUUAAGACAUUGGAACACUUCGUGAUUGAAGAAAGAGAGGUAUUUUUUUGUAGUCAAAAUGGAGGUGGAUAGAAAGAUUAUGACAGCAUUUAAUUAGUGGAUUUGCUUGUUGAAUUGCAGACAUGUUUAAAACCAAUCUUUCCAAAGAGAACCUUUGUAAAUGAGGGCACUUAAAAUAGGCACUAAUCCUAAUUUGUAAUUUAUCUGUGUUGUUGUCAUGCUCACUGUGUUCCCAGGAUACUAGCCUGACCACCCCUACCGAAUAGUGUACUGAUCCAGAAUCAAACAAUUUUGGACAGAAUUGUGGGUCGUGCCAUUGUGUAAUUGGGAGUUAUGUAGUAAUGGUAAAUAGCUUCCUAAAUGGACGUGUUAAAAGAAAAAAUAAUUGCAUGGAACAUGGUGUUCAAAGUUGUUUGAUUUUGUAUCAGUGGUAGGCAUAUGAAAGGUGGUAGGGUUAAGUUAACCCUUCCCUUGCCGAGGUACCUUGUAACUGGUACAGGUAUGGUGCCAUAUGGCAACCUCGGUAGGGGGACGGUUAAGUAGUUAGGAGUAUCAGUGAGUGUGUUUGGUACUAGCAGUUUGUAUUUUGUGGAAUUCAGCACCCCUGUCCCCUAUCUGAACCUGCUCACCCCCGUCCUCCACAUGGUAUAGCCCAUCUUUUUGAUGUGGAUGACUCAACUUACACUUAAUUAACAUAACUUAAUUGGAAAGGAAGUCUUGGUUUAUGUGGUCUUACUGAGUAAUCUUACAAUCCACAUAAAACCUGAACUUUCUAUUAAAACUACCAAUUGUUACAGUCACCCAAUUCCACUGUAAUACUUGUACAAAGAGCAUUUAUUUUUCCUUGUGUUGUCCUGUAACGUUCUUGGCUAGAAUGCUAGUGAAAGCUUGUCCUUAAAACGCUAUAUUGUUCCGUCAGAAACUCUGGCUCUGAAUCAGUGUGAAACACUCGGCAAACCACUUUGCUACUUAAAAACAACACAACUUUUAUCAGAGAUGUAUUCACUUUACUAGUCAAUUCAGUUCAUUCCAUAUAAACAUUUGAAGUGUAUGUUCCCUCACAUAUGCUUCAAGAAGACUUACUAUAGAGUUCAGUUGUUGGUUUCCUAUGUACUCGGCUGAAACAAGCAAGUAUAAGGCCUAUCUGUACAAAUUUAAAACAAAAAUGAAACUGAUAACAUUAUACCACAACUUAGAGAUGAUUGCUUUGGAACCUAAAAAAGCCUACAAGAACCAAAUGGAGUGAAAUACUGACAUCUAGAACACCUUGACACUCAAAUGUACAUGCUAUUUUAUGGCUAAAUGUCCCUGUAUUACACAGGGAAGGGAUUUAGGGACAUGCUAGCUUCCUAUUGGUCAGCAGAGUGUAAUGUAUGCAUGAUAGCACUGUAGGAUGCUCUCCUGUAAUUGGUCAGUUGAUUGUACACAUGGUAAUUGCUGGCUCAUGAUUGGUCCAGAAACAACCCGAGUUGUGGCAUCACCUAAAUCAGCACAAAAUUUUGUCACAUCUUGCACUUUUGUCGUAAGAUGUGUCAUUUGUAACUCAGAUUUGUCUUGCAUCUUAUUUUUAGACAUGUUUAGCCUUUUGUUGGUCUUAUUUGGAAGUCAUUCCUACAACUUGUGUCCUUGGUUUACACAUGUUUUUGAGUUUUUUGCUUUUACUUUCUCGUUUGCUGUGUCGUUUUUCUAAGUUGAAAAUGUCGGCAGAUUUAACUACCCAGAGUGCUUUUCCGUUUGCUGUCCCAUGGUGCAUUGCAGGAUUUUGUAUUUAUACCCACUGUACCCACUGAAGAUGAUGUGUCCUAAAUUAAACAUGAGAAUCUUU